AUGUCCCGUCCUCUGAUAAUCCCGCGGACUUGUUGUCAAGAGGUAUCUACCCCGGGUCGUUGUCCCAGUCACGUCUCUGGUGGCAUGGACCAGCCUGCAACCAACCACAUCAUUCCGUUCGAAAGAUACUCCACGCUGGAAAGGUUGGAGAGAGUAGUAGCCUUUUGCAUGAGGUUUGUAAACAUACGAGUGCAUAAGUUAUCCAACAAAGGCGCGCUUAGCGCGCAGGAAAUACGGCGGGCAACCACUAUAUUGGUGAGGUUGUCACAACAGGAGUCGUUUCCAGAGGAAUAUAGUGCAUUGGCCGCGAAUAAAGAUAUAUCUACGCAGAGCAAGAUUCUCGGCUUAAAACCUUUCUUGCAUUCCGACAAUACCAUACGGGUGGGAGGUCGAUUGGGACGAUCUGACUUUAGUUUUAACAAGAAGCAUCCCAUGGUACUUUCGUCUAGACAUCAUCUAACUAAACUCAUCUUCCAGAGCGAGCAUAAACGGCUUCUGCAUGCUGGCCCUCAACUAUUGUUGGCUCAUGUUAGAGAGACGUACUGGCCUAUUGCUGGUCGAAGCUUAGCCCGUCACGUUGUACACCAGUGCGUUCGUUGUUUUCGUAACAAACCUAAGACAAUCACACCACAGAUGGCUGACUUACCGUCCGAUCGCGUAACGCCCACUCCCGUUUUCUAUAACACUGGCGUGGAUUAUGCCGGGCCCUUNGUGACAAAGGAUAGAAAGGGAAGAGGCUGUAAAACCUACAAGUCCUACAUUUGCCUGUUUAUUUGCAUGGCUACAAAGGCCAUUCAUCUGGAAUUGGUUUCCGAUCUCACUACGGAGAACUUUAUCAUGGCGCUUCGUAGAUUUGUUGGUCGUAGGGGGAGACCUGCGAAAAUAUCUUCCGAUAACGGCACCAAUUUUGUUGGAGCUCACUCUGAGUUGAAGCGCCUCGGAGAGUUUAUCCAGGAGAACGAGAGACAACUACAAGAUCAACUUGUAACAGAGAGAAUCAACUGGAACUUCAUUCCCUCCUAUUCACCGCACUUUGGUGGUAUUUGGGAAGCAGGAGUAAGGUCUACUAAGCAUCAUUUGAAGAGAGUCGUGGGAAACGCAUUGCUAACCUUUGAGGAGUUCUACAGCCU